AGAAGAAAAGCGGCACCGCUUUUUCAAUUAAACAUGGCCGCUUCCUUCAUAGGCGAACAGAGUGAUCGUAGUGCUUAUUGACAACGUUAAAGCUUCUACAUUGAUGAGUUUGUCACAUUAGCUGCAUUUAAGUGUUGUUGUUACAACGAAGCAAGGAGCCUGUUUAGCUGGGCCCCAGUUUUAAGUCGUAUUUUUGAAGAUUAUGCUAACUGCAGAGUGAGGGAAGCAGAUCAGCAUCAUGGAGCUUUCUCCAGAGGAGGAAGGGAAAACCUCUCAUGUCAUCGAUAUGACCACCAGUGAAAAGGUGGUGGAUCUGUUGAAUCAGGCUGCUCUGAUACCCACAGAUGAAAAGCUAAAUGUGCUCAAACAGGUUCAGGAGCUUAUCAUCAACAAGGAUCCGUCUCUUCUUGACAAUUUUUUGGAUGAGAUGAUCGCUUUUCAGACUGACAAGUCUAUCGAAGUGAGAAAGUUUGUCAUUGGCUUCAUACAGGAGGCAUGUAAAAGGGACAAUGAGCUCCUCCUCAGACUGAUCGCAAACCUGAACAUGUUGCUUAAGGAUGAGAGUGUGAAUGUGGUUAAGAAAGCCAUCCUCACACUCACUCAGCUGUACAAAGUUACUCUGCAGUGGUUGGUGCGCUCCAAAGCAGUAUCUGACAUGCAGGAGGCGUGCUGGGAUUUGGUCACACAGAUGAAAGGAGAUGUUCUGGCCUUGCUGGAUUCUGAAAAUGAUGGUGUUCGCACUCAUUCCAUCAAGUUCACAGAAUCACUAAUUAUCACUCUGUCGCCACGGACAUCGGACUCUGACGUCCCCAAACGACAAGAGGGUGACAUCAGCCUGGAUAAAGUUCCCAAAGAUCACACGUACAUUCGAUAUGAUGUCUUGUGUGAGGAGGGAAAGUCUGCACUGGAGAAGCUGCUGAAGUUCAUGGUCCAUCCAGCCAUCUCCAGCAUCAACCUCACCACAGCACUGGGCUCACUGGCCACUAUUGCCCGUCAGCGGCCAAUGUUCAUGUCAGAGGUGGUGCAGGCUUAUGAGACACUGCAUGCAAACCUCCCACCCACUCUGGCCAAGUCUCAGGUCAGCAGCGUGCGAAAGAAUCUGAAGCUGCACCUGGUGGCCGUCCUCAAGCACCCCUGCAGUCUGGAGUUCCAGGGUCAAAUCAGCACCCUGCUGCUGGACCUGGGAAUGCCACAGAGUGAAAUCACCCGCUCUACUCCAGCGCUGCGCGAGCAACGCAAGCGGCCUCGCCAUGAACAAUACACAGAGGGAAAAAAGGUCAAGAUGGAGCCGGCCCUGAUUGAAGAUGAUGAGGACAAAGAGGAGCCUGCUCCUCUCACCAUCCCUAAACCAGCCGCUGUUCCAGUCGCACAAUCUGCCAUUGACCUCACAGCUGAGUUCCUGCACCCACUGCUCUCCCCUGAGAAUGUAGCCAACCUGGUGCUCAUCAGCAUGGUGUAUCUGCCUGAUGUCAUGCCAGCAUCCUUCCAGGCCACAUACACGCCUGUUGAGUCAGCAGGCACUGAUGCCCAAAUUAAACAUCUGGCGAGGCUGAUGGCCACACAGAUGACUGCAGCUGGGAUUGGUCCAGGACUUGAGCAGUGCAAAGCCCGAGAGGAUGAUGCAGUCAAAGAGGAAGAUAAUGAGGAGGACUCUGGUGCUAAAGACCUGCUCAUCAAGCGCAAAGUCCCGGCCGUGAUGAUGGGCCAAGCGAUCUCUGUGGUGGGAGGUUACGCAGAAAAGGCUCCAACCACUGAGGCUCCAGCCGCAGUCAAAAGGCUUCCUGAACCCAUCCUUCCCACUGCACAAACCAAAAUGACAGGGGCAAGUGGGAGGAAAAAGGUGUUUCGGCUGUCAGAUGUUGUCCAGCCUUUAUCUGACACCCAGAUUGAGAAGUUAACCUCCAGAGCGAUCAAACGCAUCCUGCAUUCAGAAAAGGCGAUUUCUCAAAGUGGCAUGUCUCAUGUGCGAGUGAAGCUCCUCUCCAGGCUCGUUACGCAAUUUGAGGGGAUGAUGAAAGAAGAUGUGCUGGAAUUUAUCCUAGAUGACAUCAGGACAAGGAGUGACCUGGCAUUUUCUCUCCUCUACCAAGAGUACAACACCUACCUCAGCCAGCUGCCCACUGGGCUUUUGGACAGCUACGAUCACUGUCUCUUCACGCUGCUGUCAGGUCUGCAGGAGAAACCAGAGCAGAGGGAUGGGCUUUUCACCAAAUUGGUACUGGAGGCUCCCAUUAUAACAGAAUCAGCUUUGGAAGUAAUAAGGCGUUACUGUGAAGACGAGUCUCGGGUGUAUUUGGGUAUGACGACUCUGAAGGAGCUUAUCGUCAAACGGCCCUCAAGGCAGUUUCAGUAUCUGCACGUUCUGCUGGAUCUCAGCUCACAUGAAAAAGAGAAGGUCCGGACCACUGCCUUGGCUUUUCUGAAGCGUAUGUAUGAGAAAGACCAGCUCAGAGAUUACAUAGAGAAGUUUGCCCUGAACUACAUGCAGCUUCUGGUCCACCCCAACCCUCCAUCUCUGCUCUUUGGGGCUGACAAAGAUACAGAGGUGGCUGCCCCUUGGACUGAGGAGACAGUUAGACAGUGUCUCUUCCUCUACCUGUCCUUGCUUCCUCUAAACCACCGGCUCGUCCAUGAGCUUGCUUCGGUCUACACGGAGGCCAUCGCUGACAUCAAGCGCAGCGUGCUCCGAGCAAUAGAGCAGCCUAUUCGUGGAAUGGGGAUGAACUCUCCUGAGCUGCUGCUUCUGGUUGAAAACUGUCCUAAAGGAGCAGAGACUUUAGUCACUCGCUGCCUCCACAUUUUGACAGAUAAAGUGCCUCCGUCACCAGAGCUGGUGGAGAGAGUACGAGACCUUUACCACAAACGAGUGCCAGAUGUUCGUUUCCUAAUCCCCGUCAUAAACGGCCUAGAAAAGAACGAAGUCAUCCAGGCCCUGCCCAAGCUGAUCAAACUGAACCCGAUUGUAGUAAAGGAGGUGUUCAACCGUCUCUUGGGAACUCAGCACAGCGAGGGAAGUUCAUCUGUGUCCCCUCUCACCCCAGGAGACCUGCUCAUUGCCUUACACAACAUAGACUCAACCAAAUGUGAUAUGAAGUCUAUCAUAAAAGCUACUAACUUGUGUUUUGGGGAGAAGAACGUGUACACGUCGGAGGUUUUGGCGGUGGUGAUGCAGCAGCUGAUGGAGCACAGUCCCCUCCCCAUGCUGCUCAUGCGUACCGUUAUCCAGUCCCUCACCAUGUACCCCCGACUGGGCGGCUUCGUCAUGAACAUCCUGUCCCGCCUCAUAGUGAAGCAGGUGUGGAAGUAUCCUAAGGUGUGGGAGGGAUUUGUGAAGUGCUGCCAAAGGACAAAACCGCAGUCGUACAGCGUUCUCCUGCAGCUGCCGCCCGCCCCACUGACGAGCGUGUUUGAACGCUGCCCGGAGUUGAGAGAGCCUCUACUACAACAUGUCCUCUCCUUCACCCCUCAUCAGCAAGCUCACAUACCUGCCUCCAUCAUGGCAGUCCUGGAAGCAAAUAAAAAAACAGAGCCGAAACCUGCAGAGCCUGUCGUAGGAGAGCAGAGUGAACCAUUCACUGCUCCAGCUGCCUCGGUUUCAGAAGAGGCUCCCACUGCGACGCUAAAAGAACCAGAGACGCCAGACCAGCACGACCCUGCCGUCACGAAAGAUGAGGAAGAACCAAUGGAGCAAGAGCAGUCAGAUCCAGUGAUACAGGAGGAAAGUGUUAACACUGUUUCCCAGGUGGAGUUGGCAAGAGCAAGUGAAACACCGUCACCUCAACCAGAACCAGCUGAGGAACCAAUGGAGACGGCUCAAUCUGAACCUUCAGAUCUCCAAGAGCCCGAAAAAGAUGUUGAAGCUGACAGCGCAGAAUCUGAGGCUGGAAGUGGCAGCAAGGAUGUAGAAUGACUGCUCAAGACACAUGCACUCAAAAUAAAUAAACAUUUCUGUCCUCUGUAAACAGCCCGCAACCUUUUUUUCAGGAUUUCGUUUUGUAUUUGUAGAAAACAGAUUUUGAGUAAAUGAAUACAAAUUAAAUUUGUGUAUGAAAGCAUUCCAUAUGCCUUCAUGUCAUGAUGAGUUGGCAAAUAAAUCACCAAAACACUGA